AUGAUGGAGCACCCCCGCACCGUCCGCGUCGCGGCCGUUCAGGCCGCCUCGGUCGCCUACGACCUGCACAAGAGCAUGCACAAGCUGCGCUCGCUCGUGUUCACGGCGAAAGAUAACGGGGCUGAGAUCGUCGUCUUCCCCGAGGCAUUCCUUAGCGCCUACCCGAGGCAUCUCGACUUCCGCAUCGGGAGCAGGAGUCAGGCGGACCGUGACUGGUAUGGGCGGUAUGUCAAGUCCGCCGUGCAUGUGCCGUCCGACGCCGUGGGGCACGACUGGCUGAGCACCGCACCCGCGCAGUCCCCCUCCGACCCCUUCUGGGCGUUCAAGGAGCUCGCCCAGAUCGCACGCAAGUACGCGCUCUACCUAUCCGUGGGCGUGAUCGAGUGCUCGAACAUCGGCUCGACGCUGUGGUGCACCAACCUCCUCUUCGGCCCCAGUGGCAUGCUGCUCUCCAAGCACCGGAAAUUGCAGCCGACGGGCGCCGAGCGCAUCGUGUGGUCGCAGGGCGAGGCCGUCAACCCGUCUUCUGCGCCCAAGGCGUCGAGGUCGGAGAAGCGUGAUGCCGAGGGAAACGUCAAGACGGCGGCGACGCGCAUGGAGGAAGGGGACGACAACCUCCCCGUCGUGCAGACGCCGGUUGGGCGGAUCGGCGCCCUGAUCUGUUGGGAGAACUACAUGCCUCUCGCCCGGUACGUCAUGUACAAGAAGGGCGUCGAGGUGUACCUCGCCCCGACGGCGGAUGGGCGGCAGACCUGGCUGCCCUCCAUGCAGCACAUUGCAAUGGAGGGCCGGUGCUACGUGAUCACAGCGAAUCAGUACCAAAGCCAGGCGGAUUUCCCGGCCGAGUAUCCCCCCAAUCUGGCAACGUACUCGACCUCGGCGCACAAUGCGGCUAGCGGACAGGGCGUCCCCAUGAAUGUGGACGAGAAGGAGAAGAGAAGGAGGCCAACACGCCCGAGGUCUGGAGUCGGGGCGGAAGCGCGAUCGUCGGCCCGCUUGGAGAGGCAGGGGGUAAGUGCUAACGGACAGCUCGACCUCGGCGUCAUUGACGGCGUCAAGCUCGACUUUGACCCUGUGGGCCACUAUAGCAGGGAGAGCCUGCUCAUGGGUCUGCUGGGCGACAUGCCGCGUGUCUAG